AUGAUUCCUGGAUCUCAUGUCCAGUGUAGUAGGAAGACCCCUACUCAGGCAGAAAGUUGGUAUUUGGGCUAUCCUCGGAAGAGUGCCCCAAGGAGAAACAAGCUUGACCACUAUGCUAUCAUCAAGUUCCCCCUGACUACUGAGUCAGCCAUGAAGAAGACAGAAGACAACAGCACACUUGUGUUCAUUGUGGAUGUCAAGGCCAACAAGCAUCGGAUCAAACAGGCUAUGAAGAAGCUCUGUGACAUUGAUGUGGCUAAGGUUAAUAUCCUGAUCAGACCUGAUGCAGAGAUGGCAUAUAUUCAACUGGCUCCUGAUCAGGGUGCUUUAGAUGUUGCCAACAAAAUUGGAAUCAUCCAAACUGAGUCUAGCUGGCUAAUUCUACAUUAUACAUACUUUUUUAUUAUGUUAGGUUAUAAGGGUAGGAGACAGAUAGGAGCUGUCUGCAUCAGCCUUCUCCUUGGAGAUGUUAAGAAGCUGCAAAUGCUUCCCAAAUUAGUAGAUAGAGAAAUAGAAGGCUUAUAUGGCAAAGGGAAGUCCUAA